AUGCUCUCCUCACCGCCUCGCGCCUCCUCUGACCUCGACUUUUUCUCCCCUCCGAAGAUACAGAAGCCCGGCGCGUCCCCCACCCCAAAGGUCGUCGUCUCCACGCGUUUGACACGUCGUCCACAUCCGUCACAGCGCAGCAGUAGUAUAACCUCGGCUCAAUCAGCCCUACCCUCCUCUUCUCCUCCAUCCUCUCUUGUGUCGUCUCCCCUGUCAACCCCCCCUCCAAACCCACCAAGCCAAGCAAAGAAGCGCAAGUCUUUGCCCUCCGACCCUCCUGUGCCAGGGCCCUCAGAUCUACCACGGGCCGUGAAGCGUCUCCGAACUGCUUCUAAUAAGGAGAAAGGCCCGAAGCGUAAGACUGGGUCCUCAAAGAACUCCUCCCGUGCCAACAGUCGCCAAUGCAGCUUGCCUCCCUCGCCCGAACCGAUCUACAGAAAGAGUCGCUCACGCUCCACUUCCCGCUUCCCUGCGGGCGAUUCCGACGGACCAGUCAAUCUGAGAAGAUGGUGUACCGACGAGGACGGCACUCCAGGCGAUAGCUUCUUGAGCUCUGAGAUGGUUGUAAAGAAACUAAUGAAAUCAUAUAAAGCAUAUUUCAAGAACCCUAACGAUCCGAAUGACAAGUCUUUCGAGCCUCAUCCAACCGACUACCCUGUGGUCGAGUUAGAAUUCCCUAACAAAGGCGCCUCGGAAAGAUUUAUUCUCCUUGCGCCAAAAGACAAAGACCAUUACAAUCCUAUCAUGGAUUUAGAACGCUCGCUAUAUACAAUAGUUGAAUGUUGUCUUCCUAAAGAAUUGCGACAUCUCUUCGGUUCUAUCCCUAGCCUCCCUUCGAGUGACAUCAUAUCGCCUCCGCAGUCGCCGUCGCCGUCUCCGCCCUGCUCUCGGGCCAGUAGCUCAUCCACCUCGAGUUUGAGUUCCGCCCCUGCCUCUCCGGGCGCUUCACCACAACCGCCCUUGCCCUCGAUAGCUUCUCUUUUUUCCGAUUCCUCUAUCGACCAUCUACCCGUUCUCCGAGCAGUUCAACGUGCCAUCAACCUUCAAGAUGGGCCUCUAUUUCUCCUGGCCAUGAAGCGAGUUAAUGUUCUGCUUCAAUCUCUCAAAUAUCCCGAGGUAUCUGAAGACCCCUUCGGACCUGACCCUCGAAACCCCUUCAUGAACCAGAUUGAGAGCUGGACAAUCUCCCCUGGAACCAUUCCAGAUAAGGAGAAGCUGGAGAAGCUGGACGAGAAGGAUAAAGUCCUAAUGCGUAUCAUCGAAGAAACUUAUCAGCGGACUGUUGGACCUAACGUCCCAAGUCUGAAACAGUAUGAAGCCUUCUCGAGCACCGUUUACGGCGAAUUGAUGCCUUCACUCGCGGAAAGAAUAAUUCAGCAGACCGGGCUCAACGAAGAUAGCCUUUUCCUCGAUCUUGGAAGUGGUGUCGGGAACGUUGUUGUUCAAGCUAGUCUACAAACGGGGUGUACAAGUUAUGGCAUUGAGCUGAUGCAGCAUCCUGCACGGGUAGCAAACGACAUGGUCGAACAAAUGAAGAUGCGAGCGCGAAUGUGGGGUGUCAGGGUGGGAGAAAUGGAAUUGGAGCAAGGCGAUAUGUUGAAGAGCAGGCGCACGGAUGAGCUUAUUGCCAAGGCAGAUGUGGUCCUGGUCGACAACAAAGUCUUCGAGGAGAGCUUGAACGAGGCAUUGCGUCCCAAAUUUCUCGACCUGAAGGAAGGGGCCAAACUCGUCUCUUUGUCGCCUUUUGUCAGUUCCAUCAAUGCACGCUUCACCAAACGGAACGUUGACGAUAUUAGCGCCAUCUUUGACGUCGAAGAACAUCCAUACUAUUCUGGAGACGUCUCGUGGGGGAAUGGCGGAGGGAACUACUACAUUCACAAAGUCGAUCGUGAGGGGUACGCGAAGAUCAAAGAACGCUUUGAUAGCAUACACGGAGGAUCUGGACGCAGUUCGCGCUCACGCAGAAGACAACCCUAG